ACGAAGAAGAAGAAAAAGACGAAGAAGAAGAAAAAGACGAAGAAGAAGACGAAGACAAACUGCCAGCAUGGCGUUCACACUGUACUCUCUCAUCCAGACCGCUAUUCUUUGCACAAACGCAAUCGCCGUGUUGCACGAGGAGAGGUUUCUCGGCAAGAUGGGUUGGGGUGUGGACCAGGGAGUCGGGGGCUUCGGGGACGAUCCAGGAGUCAAAGCCCAGAUCCUCAACCUCAUCCGCUCGGUCCGGACCGUCAUGAGAGUCCCUUUAAUAAUAGUGAACACAGGCUGCAUCGUGCUCUUGUUGCUGUUUGGUUAACACCGUAUGAAGCCCGAGGACCAGACACGUGCCAAGGAACAACUACACCCACCAACCGACCGACCCACUCAGACACACACUGAAAUGUGCGUAUUUUACGAAACCUCUGCUUUGGCCCAGUCUUCUGCAGCGUUGGAAUAUGUUUUCCAUAAAGGUCGGCAGAGGAAUAUAAGGGGAAAAAAGAAGACGAGACAAACACCACACUCAUAUUCAGAACUGAAACACUAGACGAAAAAUAUGGCUGGUGCUGUAACAGGUCUCCCCCGUCAUCAUGACGCCAUAAGGACCAAACUUUUUUUUUAAAUGAUGUCAUCCCAUAGUUGACUUCCCUCUCACGUGAUGACACAUUGAAGGGAAUCUGCUUUCAUUCAUUUCAUGAUGAUAAGAGUCAUCAUGUUUUUUUUAUUGUUACCGAGGAGGAACAUGUUACUUUUUUUAUAGAUAUGACACAGAAGUGCUGUCAACAGAAGAGCUGGGCGAUAUUCACUGUUUCACUUCCCGUUCCUCUUCCAGUUUCUUCUGCACCAUAACACACAGCAGUAUACAGGUUAUGUCUUUCUGACAUAACAUAACACGGAUACAGACAGACGGAGAUAUUCAGGAUUUGUCGACACUUUGUCUAAAAGACUGUUACUGAGAAGUUUUUACAGAACUUUGCAAAGACACUUUGCUGGAACAGAGGUUGUUUUUUUGUGUGUGGACUUUUUGCCAAUGAGGGAAACUCUAAUAAAACCUUAUUAGUGUUUCAUAAUCCAAAACCUGAUGAGAACUGUUUGUUUUUUUCUGUUUGAAUGUGUGUCAUGUAAACUAUGAAGCAAUAUGACCAAACACAACCGUACCGUUUACACUUUAGUAUCCUCUUAAUGUCACAAACAUCAUCAGGAUGUUAUGUUAUCUUGAAAUAUUAAAAGCAUAAUUAUUAAGCACAGUGAGAAAAAAAAUGAUUGUCUCAAUCUUUUCUUUGUUUUGAGUUUGGCAGCAGAGGAACAGAGAACAUCUUGAGUUUCUGCUGUUUCUUGUUUAAAUCAGCCUCUUCAACUACUUUGACUAAGAAACAAAGAUAAUUUUUUACAGUAUGAUAAAGGGCAUACCUGCAAUUAAAAAUAAUAAUGUGUCUUAAUUCUAAUCUGAAUGGAAAAUCAUUGGAAAUUUCUACAAAAAAAAUUAACUGGCCAUGUUAAAUUUUUUCCUUAUCUGCGCCAAUUUUUAUUUUUUUUUACCUUUUCUCACAUUGACAAAGUAACAGUACGUUUACUUGAAUAAAGGAUACUGCAGUAUCUAAUCAAUUA